AAAUAAAAAAAGAAAAAGGGAAAAAGGGAAAAUGCAGCCGGCGUGAUUGGGUUUUGAAACUCAGCCUCACAACUCACAAGUCACAUCGGAGCUCCAAAACACGUACUGUGUGUGUGAGAGAGAGAGAGAGAGAGAGAGAGAGAGAAGAGAGAGAGAGAGAGAGAGAGAGAGAGAGAGAGAGAGAGAGAGUUUGUGGGGUAUUCGAUUACUCUAUUUUGUCUUUUUCUGUAACAUACAGUGAGAAGCACAUCUAUCCUGCUUCCUCCGAUCAAUCGUUAGGUUUUCGAUGAUAGGAAAUUACUCGAAGGGGAUCUGCUGAAGAUUUUUCUAGCAAAGGGAGUCUCUCUGCCACAUAACAGAUUUGAAGAUCACAUGCUGUGAUUGAUCCUAGGUAGUUUGCAAAGAUGUGGAAAUUCGCAUCAAGCUGUAUAGCUGGAAACAUGGCCUUGAAAAACAAUACAUCGAAGCCAAGACAAGAUUCAGCCGAUUGCUCGGAUGACGAGGCUUCUUCACUCACGAGCAGAGACGACGGUAUGGAAUGUCCAAUAUGCUGCGAAUCAUUCAACCUCGUUGAAAAUAUACCGUACGUUUUAUGGUGUGGGCACACCCUAUGCAAAAACUGCAUCAUAGGACUACAAUGGGCCGCCUUGAAAUUUCCAACUUUACCCCUCCAGCUCCCACUAUUUAUAUCCUGCCCGUGGUGCAAUCUCUUAUCACUCCGGUUGGUGUAUUACGGGAAUCUAAGAUUCCCACGCAAAAACUUCUUCCUCCUUUGGAUGCUCGAGAGCAUGAACGGAGAUAGAGUGAAAUCCCGUUCCUCCGCCUGUGGGGACCACCAAGCCGUUUGUCCACCGAGCACGAUAAAAGCGGGAAGCUUUACGGGGAGUAGUAUUAACCGUAGGAGUGGGAAUAAUUACGGUAAUGAUUUUGAAUCAUCGGUGUCGGUUAAUAAUGGCAGUCAGUUCGAAAGGCUGCAUUCUUCGAUCAAGAAGUCGCUCGUUUUCUUCGUUCAUUUGACUUCGAAGUUCCCACUUGUGAUUAUUUUCCUGCUCAUCGUUUUGUACGUGGUACCUGCCAGCGCAGCAAUUUUGGCACUGUACUUGUUCAUUACGGUUGCGUUUGCUCUCCCUUCAUUAUCGAUUCUGUGCUUUGCUUAUCCGAGCUUGGAUUGGCUCGUAAGGGAGAUCGUCGCGUAAUACUUGGUGCUUUGUCGAAACCCCCACAUUUUUGCUGACCUCAGCAGCUGUGUGAAAUUCUACAGUUUCAGGAUUUUGAAACAUGUAAGUUAAAUGUUAAAUCUUUGUAUUUGGCUGUUAAUAACUGUAGUUUAGGCCAAGAACAUGAAUGAAUGUUCUUUUGUAGUGAUUUGAUUAUGUUUUUAUUUUAUCAAUUAAGACUCUUGAAUGAUGUAUUAUUUUUAAGUUGAAGAAUUUCCUUUCGUUUUAGGUA